AUCGAGUGGGCUCGUCUGUGGGAGACGGAAUACGCCUCUCGAGGGACGAGCCGUCAUGAAGCCCAUCAUAGGUGGUAAAGUGACGCACAAAAAUGAGUUCCCCUGGCAGAUUGCGUUGAGAAUUAGGCAAGAGAAUCAGUGGUUUCUGCACUGCGGAGCUACCCUGCUCAACUCUUGGUGGAUCUUGACAGCGGCUCACUGCUUCAGGAAUCCACUUGAUUUGGACAAGUAUCAGAUCGUAGCAGGCGCCCAAAAUCUCCUUGAAGGCGAGGAAACGACGCAGUAUCGCGGCUUACGGCAGUUCAUCCUUCAUCCGGGCUGGAAUGCCACCCUCUUAAUGAAUGAUCUCGCCUUGUUGAGAGUCGAUCAGCCGUUCAGACUCAAUCAAGAAGCGGUCGCUCCAGCCUGCCUGCCGGAUGAGAACGGCAGCGACGACGAAAAUGAAUUCUGCUACGCCACGGGCUGGGGUGCCGCUGGGAUGGAAGGGGACUCACCGAUCCAUCACAACGAGACGCUGUUGUACAAAUCUAAACUUCCUCUGAUCCCAAGGUCCGAAUGCGAUGCCAGAUAUGUGAAGAAAUACGAUAUAAGGAUUUCUCCGAAACAGCUGUGCGCUGGGAGGAACAAAGACAGUGGAACCUGCGUCGGUGAUUCCGGAGGACCUUUAUCCUGUGAAACGGGAGGAACCUACAAAGUUGUCGGAGUAACAAGUUUCGGAGGACGGCACUGCAAUACCAAUGUUUUCCCCGACGUUUUCACAAGAGUCUCGGCCUAUCGUAGAUGGAUUUUGGAUCACAUUGUGACGCAGAAAAAUCGGCUUUUUAAAACAACGCAUUCGGUCCGAUCAUACAGUCGCAAGAUGAGAGCGUCCCGAGUACUAGCGGUCAGCUUGGCGUUCGUUGCGUCGGCUUCGGCCUCGGCCGUUGCAUGCGGCAAGCGGAACUCGUAUUCCCUCUUUAUGGACGCUCUCCAGCUCGAAGACUCUAAUUACAUCGUCGGUGGUACCCGAGCGGUCAAGAACGAAUUUCCGUGGCAGGUGUCGAUUCAGGCCGCGGUGCGGUCGGGAUUGUGGUUCAAGAAGAAGCAACACAUCUGUGGCGGGUCCAUCAUAAACGACAGAUGGAUCCUCACUGCCGCUCACUGUAUUCUGGAUAACGUGCGCCUGAAUGAUUACUACAUCGUCGCCGGAUCCCAAUACGUAAUGGAAGAAGAGGAUACCACUCAAGUGCGGAAGCCUGAGAAGAUAAUUGUCCACCCAGGCUGGGACCCAGAAUACGUCCAGAACGAUAUCGCCCUCAUCAAAUUGUCUCAACCAUUGUACCUAUCAGCGAGAUCUGUGGCACCUAUCUGCCUGCCGAAGAGCAGUGACAACAACAAAUUCCACGGAAAAACUUGCACCGCUUCCGGCUGGGGGGCCGUGGUCGACCGCGGACAAUCUUCUUCCGUCUUGCUCAAGGUCAAUCUCCCCAUUGUCCCCAACAACCUCUGCUCGUAUCUGUACAGCAACGUGGUCAAUAGUCGACUCAACGAAAACCACAUCUGUGCCGGGGACAUCCACAGCGACGGAAGCGGAGUCUGCCAAGGCGAUUCGGGAGGUCCCCUCGUUUGCGAAGAGGAUGGCAUUUACACUCUUGCAGGUCUCACCAGCUUCGGCGUAGUUUGCGGCGCCAGUGAAUUCCCCGCUGUCUUCACCCGCAUUUCGUCGUUCCGCAGCUGGAUCGACAACAACAUCGAAUGAAUCUGACCCUGGUGCUCCAAUAAAGCUGUGCGGUCGGAGAACG